AUGGUCGUCUCGCUCGCUUCGGCCGGCGGUGCCGCACGCGUGUACUGCAUCAACGGCAGUGGCAACAACAGCAAGAACGCAGCCGCAUGGUUGGAGGCCAAGAUCGGAAAGCAGAAUGCUGGAAAACGGAGGAAGCAAGGCGGUCAAGGUGGGACCGGUGGCGAAGGCGAGAUCCGAUUGAUCCAGGUGAGCAGGCAGUGGUCAGCUGUGUAGUCCAUCCGACGUGUGAUGACUCACACACCCGCAAUCUAUACUGCAGGACUUUGAAUUCCCCGAGGCGUCCAACAAGAUCAAGACGACGAGCGACGGCCAAUACGUCGUCGCGACGGGCACCUACAAACCCCGGAUGAAGGUCUUUGACCUGCAGGAACUGUCGCUCAAGACCGAACGAGUCACCGACAGCGAGAAUGUCGACUUUUGCGUGGGUUCUACACUGGAUGUCCUCUCAAUCAUGCCUCGUCCGAAGCUAAUGACUGUCUCUCGGACCCGCAGAUCCUUUCCUCGGACUGGACCAAAACCCUUCACCUCCAAGCCGACCGAUCCUUGGACUUACACACCCAAGCCUCGUCCCACUACCGCGUACGCAUGCCCAAACACGGUCGAGCUGUCGCUUAUCAUUUCCCCUCUUGCGACGCCUUGGUCGGUGGACAAGGGAACCAGGUCUGGCGUUUGAACCUCGAAGUUGGACGCUUCAUGAAACCGUACGGAUUGGAAGGAUGUACCUCCGAGCUCGACGGUGGCGAAGGGGGUGUGUCGGGAGACGGGUUGGACACCGUGCUCGGCGUUAAUGCGAUCGACAUCAACCCUGCGCACCAGUUGCUCUCAUUCGGAACCGAGACCGAGUUGGGGCGAGGCACGGUCGAGAUGUGGGAUCCUCGAUCGAGGGCACGUGCGGGGAUCCUGCGCUUGCCGUAUGCCAAAUUGAUGGCCGCUUCGGGAUCGAGUGCGGCACUUUUACAACCUGCCUUACCUGGGGUCGACGAUCCGACCACCGAUGGGAGACGAGGUGUCGCCGUUACGGCCUUGUCGAGUAAAUCUGAUGGACUCAACCUUGCCGUUGGGACGUCGACGGGUCACAUCUUGUUGUACGAUCUUCGAGCGCAACGAGAAUACACGAUGAAAGAUCAAGGCUACGGAUUGCCGAUCAAGAAGGCACAGUGGGUCGAUGAGGGUGUAGGACGAGGCAACGCCGAAGGAGGCUACGUCGCUUCGGUCGAUGAAAAAGUCGUCAAGAUCUGGGGUCGCGAAACGGGAACGAACUUGAUCUCGAUCAAUCCCCCUGUGCCCAUCAACGACAUGCACGUCUACUCUUCCAGUGGUCUCGUCUUCCUCGCGAACGAAACCAGUCCCAUGACGGGCUACUACAUCCCUCAAUUAGGUCCCGCACCCAAGUGGUGCCGCUUCUUGGACAACAUGACAGAGGAGAUGGAGCAGGACCAAGAGGCGCUCCUCUACGACGACUACAAGUUCGUCGAUCGACAAGAACUCGACGCGCUCAACCUCUCCCAUCUCAUCGGUUCGAACCAACUCAAACCUUAUAUGCACGGUUACUUCCUCGACUUGCGUCUCUACACCAAAGCCAAAGCGAUCGCGAACCCGUUCGCUUACGCCGAGCAUCGCGAUCGACUCGUUCGGGAACGACUCGAGCAAGAACAAGAAUCGCGUAUUCGUGGGGCCAAGAAGGUCUCGGGUGCCAACGGUGGUGCUGGCGCCUUGCCCUCUAGCGUCAAGGUCAAUAAGGCCUUGGCCAAGAAGGCGCAAGAGGCGGAGAGGAAACGCGAGCCGAUCGCGGAAGGUGAGGACGUCGAGAUGGAGGAUGGUGAGAGGAAGAAGAAGAAGAAGAAGGCUCAGGUUGAGACGCCGAGUCUGCUCAAGGACGAUCGAUUCGGCGAUCUCUUUGUCAACCCAGACUUUGAGAUUGACGAGCAAUCGCGCGAGUUUGCUUUGCUUAACCCUUCGACCAAGCCUACGGUGCGAGGACAGGAGGAUGACGAAGACGAGGACAGCGAUGAUGACGAUGAGGAGGAGGAGGACGAUGAGGACAAGAGUGAGGAUGGCGAUUCCGACAGCAGUGAUGAAGGUGAUCUUGGAUUCGACGCCCCACGCAGAGGAGCCAAAGCUCUCCCCACCUCGCGGGUCUCGACCAAGGACAUUCAACCCGUACCGAGAGGGAUGCCCGAGACGCAAUCGAAACCCUCCCUCGUCGUGGCCGAUGAGUCCGACGACGAGACACCCUCCAAAUCGACUCGAUCGGGUCCCCAAACCUUGUCGUCCCAUCAGGCCAAGCAAUCUCGGACGUUCGGCCAGCGCGCACGGGAAGAACUCUUCUCCAAGGCCACUGGCAAAGGACGCGAGGCCGACACGACUCGCGACGACUCGUUCGAGGUCAUUCGUUCCGCCCCCGGUGGCGGUAUGGAGAUGUCCUUCAUCCCUCAUGCCAAGACCAAGGAGGAGCAACUGAUCGAGAAGAAGGAGAAGAAGCACAAGAUCGAGAAGGAACGCAAGGCUAAGGCUUCGUUCGGUGUGGGGAUGGAGACGAGUUCGGGGCCCGAGAGGAUCCAGAAGGAAUUGGAGGGCGAGCAGGAGAGUGGAAGAACACGGAUGCGAAAACCGAUGCGGUCGGCGAGCAAGGGCAAGAUUCGGUCCGUGGAAGGCAGGUCAUGA